GACGGUCGUGGAUCUACCGAGACGUGUUAAAAUAGUGCUGGUGUACGACUGAUAUCGUUUCGCUCGCCAAUGUUUAAAAACAUAUCGACCGUUAGCCAAGUGUGGUCGUAUAAGGUCGAGCGAGCGUACCUACGUGGUGUGUGACAUACUGAAGUUUGAAUAAGUGUGUGUUGUAAAAAUGCGUGGUUUGUGGUCUCAUUUGGCUGCGCUGGGGUGGGUGGUGUCGCUGGUGGGGUGCCACACACCCGGCAGCGAGCUGGAGUCCGUGCGGUACGGGCCCACAGACGACCGGUUCAUCAGUGACACGUACACAGUCGCGAACAUUAAUAUUACGUACAGAGAUGAACAUGGGGAGGUGUACACGGAAACAUCAGAGUCCGGUAAAUAUGGAGAGGGUUACAUCGGUUCUUCGCGAGGUAUUGCAGUCCACGUGAGGUCUAAAGACGCAGAGCGAGACCAUACUGGCUGCCAAUGGCCACUCCUGUCCACAGCGGCUCCCAACGAACCUCUACCUUCAGAACCUUGGAUCGCCGUCAUUAGAAGAGGCAGCUGCAAUUUCGAAAUCAAGGUGCAGAAUGCAUGGCGCGCGAACGCGACUGCGGUCCUCAUAUACAACGACCGGGACACCACCAACUUGGAGAAAAUGAAGCUGUCCACUGACAAUGGACGUAACAUAAGUGCGGUGUUCACAUACAAAUGGAAGGGCGAGGAAAUAGCUCGGCUGGUGGACAACGGCACUCGUGUCACCAUCGGGAUUAUCAAGGGCAGGACAUUCGCUCACGUCAGCAACAAUAUUAACAAGACAUCUGUGCUGUUCGUGUCGAUAUCAUUCAUUGUACUGAUGGUCAUCUCGCUAGCGUGGCUCGUCUUCUAUUACAUACAGCGCUUCAGAUACAUACACGCCAAAGACAGACUCUCUAAACGUCUAUGCUGUGCGGCUAAGAAAGCGUUGUCAAAAAUACCUCUUAAGAGUUUAAAGACUGAUGAUAGGGAAGUUCAAGGUGACGGCGAGUGCUGCGCCAUCUGUAUAGAACCUUACAAAGUGUCUGAAACAUUAAGAUCUCUUCCUUGUAGACACGACUUCCACAAGAACUGCAUAGAUCCGUGGUUAUUGGAGCACCGCACGUGUCCCAUGUGCAAGAUGGACAUACUCAAGUACUACGGCUUUGUGUUCACAGGCAGCCAGGAGAGCAUCCUGCAGCUGGAGGUGGAGGAGGCCCGCAGCCGGGCGCUGUCCCCCGCACGGAACCGACAUCCGCUCACACUCGUACAUUUGACGAGCGAUAAUUCGUAUGAGGAGGCUGGCAGUGAGCGCAGUAGUCGCGCCUCGUCUCCGGACGAGCUGGUACCCUCGCUGCCCAGGAAUUGCGACACGCCGCGUCACCACCACCCCAGCAGGUCGUGCACGUCGUCACCUUCAGGGUCGCAGCGCGCGGAGACCUCGCGGCAGGACGCGGCCACCACCAGCUCAGCAGUACAGGAGUGAGUUCCACAGUGCCAAGUGUAAUGAGUAGUGUCACUCAGUGAGACUUUGUGUUCAUUAUCCUAAAUACUCAAAUACAAGACAAACCUCCAGUGAUGAAAACACUCGUUGAAUGGUGGAUGACAAGUGAUAUUUUUCGUAAUUAAGGACAUAUAUAGCGUAUUCGGAUACUUCGAUAUUCACCGCGACUCCGCCUAGUCAACGAAAUAAGUGUUCUUCCUAACCCUUGUGACAUAUGAACUUAAAACUUUUGUAAAAAAAAACAUCAACAAAAAUAAGGUUUUUUUCUAUGAAAUAUGUAAGUAUUUGUAAUCAGUCAAAUGUUCGCCGUACUUUUUAAUAAUUGUUUUUGAUUGGUUCGUGAUCUCAUAAGUUAAUCUUAUCUUGUGUUAUUUUUAUGUAACAUAUAACAUAACUUAACAUUCGUGUGACUAAUGUAAUUGUAGUUAGUUGUGGUGGCCCUUUUGUAACUAUAAUAUGUUUGGGAUUAAGGGUAUCCGUCCAUAUUGAUAAUAACUAACAAGAUAACAGUAAAGCCUCUUCUAUGACAGUGUUGUAAUCGCUUGUAUACGUAUUCAAAUGAAGCAUAGAAUGUUUGUCGUACCCAAUCUACUAGACUUCUAUCCUUGUAGCGCUGCUUCUUUUAGAUUGCAGUCAUUAUUUUAUGAUUUAGAUAUAAAAUUUAAUACAUUUGACAGCCAUAUGAAUGAUUGUAAACUUAACAGUAAUUAUCGAAAGACUUUGAUGUGAAAAUGGGGCCAUUUCGCAACUGAAUUCAUUCAACGUAUGUAUGUUUUAGCGAAUGUUCAUAAGGAACCUUAUAUUUUUCAUGUACCUACUACUUCCCAAUGGUGCAAUGUUAGUGAAAACUUUGAUAACAUAACGAUAAAAACACUAAUUUCGUGACUUGAAAUAUGUAGUUAAUAAAAUCUAGUCUGAAGAUAAUGUCGCUUUUAAAUUCAGUUGUAAAAUAGUUUGAUUAUAAACUUUCGAGGCUAAUGUAUUGAAAUGUGAACUCUGUGUUAUUCAAUAUUGAACUUUAUUGUUCUGUAACUAGCCUCUACUAAGAGAUAGGUCCCGUGAAGCGUUUUAUGCGUCAGUGACAGUUUCUGAGAAGAAAUCAAAAGAGUUUGUGUUCACAAAAAUUGUAUUUAAAAGCGACCUAAUUCUUUCAAACUGUGUCUAUCUUAAAAAUAUGUUAAUUUAAGUUAUUUUAAGUGAGCAUUUAAGUUAUUAUGUACGAAAAUAGACAAAAAGGUACUUAAAUCCAUUGGAUUUUUAUAUAAACAAGGAGACUGGUAUGUACUUUUUAAUAACCUAAUAAAUAUGUGUAAAAUGUUUACAUUCCCAUUCUUGUUCAAGUUCGAAUGUGGCACGUAUGUCUACGUGCGAACAUAAUAUAUGUGUUGAAAUAAAAACCAAUACAGUAUUGA